UUACAACAAUAUGUUCUCCAAAAUCCUUUCUUUGAGCGCUGUGCUCGCCAUCGCCGCGGCUGGGCUCCUUCCAGAAGCCCAUUACUCGCCAGCUGCUGCCGUCUCUUCUCAAAGUAUCAUCCGCCAUGACCAACCUCAUGCUAUUGCUACCAAAUACGUAGCAGCACCGGUGGCUAAAUUAGCAGUAUCUGCCCCAGUCUACCAAGCCGCUCCUGCCGUAACCUACCACGCGGCUCCUGCCCCCGUCGCUUACCACGCUGCACCUGCCCCCAUCGCCUACCACGCUGCACCUGCCCCCGUUGCCUACCACGCUGCUCCAAUUCAAUACUCUUCCGCGAACGCUGUGUCAUCUCAAAGCAUUGUGAGCCACUCUGCUCCCAUCGCUAAAGUCGCAGUAGCCGCACCCGUGGUGAAAUACGCAGCGUCUGCACCCAUUGCGUACUCUGCUCCCGUUCACUACGCUGCACCACCAGUCCACUAUUCUUCUGCUGCUGCAGUCUCCUCCCAGAGCAUCGUGCGUCAUGAUCAACCCCAAGCUACCAAGCUGAUAGCUGCCCCCGUUGCCAAGAUCGCUGUUGCCGCUCCCGUUUACCACGCGCCCGCCCCAGUUUACCAAGCCUCAGCCCCUGUAUACCAUUCCGCUGCUCCUGUAUAUCACGCUCCCGCUCCCAUUGCCUAUCAGGCCCCAAUCGCCAAGGUUUUGGCCCACGAGCCUGAAGAAAUCGCUUACCCCAAGUAUGAGUACACCUACUCAGUGGCUGAUGGACACACUGGUGACAACAAGUCUCAGCAGGAGGUGCGUGAUGGUGAUUCCGUAAAGGGCUCGUAUUCUUUCCACGAAGCUGACGGUUCUAUCAGAACUGUAGAAUACACUGCUGAUGACCACAACGGUUUCAACGCGAUUGUACACAACACCGCCCCCACACACGCUCCCGUCGCGAUCAAAGCUGCACCUCUACUAGUCAAAUCCGCCCCUGUCUACUACAAAGCUUUAGUGAAUGGAGAAGCAAUCAACAUGUUCUCCAAAAUUGUAGCUUUGUGCGCGGUCGUUGCUGUGUCUCAGGCUGGUCUUCUGCCUGAGCCAGUCCACUAUUCUUCUGCUGCUGCAGUGUCCUCCCAAAGCAUUGUGCGCCAUGACCAACCUCAAGCCAAGUUAUUGGCCGCACCUGUUGCUAAAAUCGCUGUCGCCGCUCCCGUAUACCAAGCUGCCGCCCCAGUCUACCACGCUCCAGCCCCAGUCUACCACGCCCCUGCCCCAGUCUACCACGCCCCUGCCCCUGCUUAUCCCAAAUACGAGUACACUUACUCCGUAGCUGACGGACACACCGGCGACAACAAAUCCCAGCAAGAAGUUCGUGAUGGUGAUGUCGUAAAGGGAUCAUACUCCUUCCACGAAGCUGAUGGCUCCAUCAGGACCGUAGAGUACACAGCUGAUGACCACAAUGGCUUCAACGCAGUGGUACACAACACCGCCCCUACAGCCGCCCCCGUCGUUUACAAAGCUGCGCCUGUCCUAGUCAAAGCCGCCCCUGCCUACUACCAUUAA